AAUCAAAUUCUCUGUUUGAAAACGUUUGGAUUAUGGCAACGAAGGCGACGGAUGGAUUUUACUUUGGUUCACGGGCAUAGCUCUUUUUAAAUGUUUGGAAUUUAAACAUUUCGUUUUCACAUCAUGGAACAAAGACGCCAGACACAGAGGGAGCGAGGGAGGUUGGUUGCCUACAUCAUUGUUUUAGUUACAUUUUGGAGCACAGCCUCAGGACAAUUCCGAUAUUCUAUUUCUGAGGAAGUAAUCGAGGGGACUGUGGUUGGAAAUGUCGCUAAAGAUUUAGGUCUUGAUCGGGCCACACUAAAAGAAAGAGGAUACCGUAUUGUAUACGGCACGACAGAGCCUCCUUUUCGAGUAAAUCAAGACAACGGUAUCUUAUAUGUAAACGGAAAGAUUGACAGAGAAGAAAUCUGCGACCGAAGCAAGGUUUGUGUAAUCGACUUAAAAGUGGUCCUAGAAAAUCCACUUGAGGUCCACUAUGUAGCAGUUGAGAUUCUGGAUGUGAACGACCACUCACCGAGCUUUCCCGAAAGAGGAAAAAAAAUGGAAAUUUCUGAAUCUGCAUUAACAGGAGCAAAAUUUCAGUUGCAAGCUGCACGUGAUGCCGAUAGUGGUUCACUGUCCGUUCAGCAGUAUAAGUUAAGCAAUAAUGAACAUUUUCGUUUGGAAGUUAAAGACCGUGGCGAGGACCGUAAAACUCCGAGUUUAUUACUUCAAAAGCCGCUUGACAGAGAAUCUGCCAAGACCCAUGUGUUACUUCUGACGGCCAUUGAUGGAGGUAAACCUCCGAGGUCUGGAAACAUGACUAUAAUUGUUGAUGUACUGGAUGUCAAUGAUAACCCCCCACUGUUCACCCAGGAGGUCUAUACCGUGCAGCUGAAAGAAAACUCUCCUCUUGGUACAACUGUUAUUCAAGUAAAUGCAACCGAUUUAGAUGAAGGUCCAAAUGGUGAGGUUGUAUAUUCAUUUGGCAAUGACGUGGACGCACGUGCACGUUCACGUUUUGAUUUAAAUUCGAUUACCGGAGUAAUUACUGUGGCAGGCGAAAUAGAUUUUGAAGACUGUAGCAGAUACGAAAUAGAUAUCCAGGCAUCCGACAGAGCUGAACAUCCACUAUCUACGGACAAAAGCGUUGUUAUACAUAUUAUCGACGUGAACGAUAAUGCACCUGAGAUUGAAGUGACAUCUUUUUCACGUGCCCUCCCAGAAGAUUCAAAACCAGGAACCACUGUGGCAUUGAUAUAUGUUAAAGAUUCGGACUCUGGUCUCAACGGAAAAGUGAUGUGUUAUCUAAGCCAAGAUCUUCCUUUUACGCUUACUCCAUCUUUACAAAGUAACAUGUAUUCUCUAGUAACAAAAGCACUUUUGGAUAGAGAACAGCAGGCCCAAUAUACUGUAACAAUUAUAAGCAAAGACGCAGGAGAACCAUCCCUAUCAUCGGAUAAAACUAUAACCAUUGAUGUGUCAGAUAAAAAUGAUAACAGCCCGGUGUUUUCGCAGAACCCAUAUACUUUCUACAUAACAGAGAAUAACAACCCGGGAUCGUCUAUCUUAGCAGUAACAGCCCGUGAUAACGACGAGGGCAGUAAUGCUCUUAUCUCAUAUCAUAUAUUACGGUUAAGGGACGGAGAGCAAACGCUGGCCUCGUUUCUGAACGUAAACAGUGAAAAUGGAGUCAUCACUGCAUUGAAAAGUUUCGACUUUGAAACAGUGAAAACGUUCCAGUUCCAAGUUGUGGCCACAGAUUCUGGAACUCCGUCACUAAGCAGCAACGUCACAGUGAACGUGUUCAUUCUGGAUCAGAACGACAACGCUCCAGUCAUCCUGUAUCCAGUCAGCUCCAACGGUUCUGCUGAAGGUGUGGAGGAGAUUCCCCGCAAUGUGAACGCAGCACACUUGGUGACUAAAGUCAGAGCCUAUGACGCUGAUAUAGGAUAUAACGGCUGGUUACUGUUUUCACUGCAGGAAGUGACUGAGCACAGUCUCUUUGCUUUGGACCGCUAUACAGGACAGAUCAGAACACUUCGCUCAUUCACAGAGACAGACGAGGCGGAGCAGAAACUGGUCAUACUGGUCAAAGACAAUGGCAACGUUUCCCUCUCUGCAACAGCUACUGUCAUUGUCAAAGUUGUGGAGCCCAAAGAGGCUUUUGCUGCUUCUGAUGUUAAAAGUGCAACAAACGAUGAUGAGGAGAGUAAUGUCACUUUUUAUCUCAUGAUAACUUUGGCCUCAGUUUCAGCACUUUUUCUCAUCAGCAUCAUCGUGCUCAUUGCAAUGCAGUGCUCCAAAUCCACAGACUACACUUCCAAAUACCUACAAGAGACUAAUUAUGACGGGACACUGUGUCACAGCAUCCAGUACAGAUCUGGAGACAAACGCUACAUGUUAGUGGGAACCAGAAUGAGUAUAGGAUCUACUAUAGUCCCGGGCAGCCAUGCUAACACACUAGUGCUCCCUGACAGGAGGAGGACUUCUACUGAGGUAAGAGAAUUGUGUUGA